AAAGUAAUAGUCAGCGGCGUGCGAUCGCUUGCAAAAUCGCCCCGAAAUCGAAUCGAAUCGACGAAGCCUUUAAUUUAAGCGAAAACUCUAUAUGUAUGUGUGUGUGUAUGUGUGCGUAUAUUUUGUGUUACGCUAUUUAGUUUUCCCUUGCGGCGGUUUUUAGCUUUACGUUGCACGCGCAACAAGCAUGUGAAGCAUGUUACUAUUUUACGUUUAUAACACAUUUGCAAAGCGAAUCACACAACCGGAAGCGCGCGUAGCUGGCCGGCCUUAUUUAUUUACGUUAGUCUCAGGUGUCUCUAAUCACACACACACAAGUAACACGCCAAGUAUUAACACGGGCAUAAGGAUGCAUUUCAAGAAUCGAUCUUAGGUCUGGUCCUGUCAGCGCGAUUUAACACACUUCACUCGCGAAGUGUCGCCUAAUGUAAGCUCGCGUGUACACCAAUCGAAAGUGUAAUGCUGUAAGAGGGGGUGUCUCGAAAUAAAGUGUACUACCAGCAUUGGUCGCUUUUUUGGUUGCCACCUGUACCCGACUAUUCGCACGCACAGUUUCGCUUCUACUCGCUCUGUUUACCGCCUGCCUUGGGCGGCCGAGAGAGCAACAUAUUUAGAACAAUUUGUACAGCUGUCCCGGAAAGUGCCGCAGGCAUGCGGCAUGUGUGCGCGCGCGUGCGUGUGUGUUGUGCAAGAGAUCGGCACAGAUUGUGGUAUAAAUCAGUUCAUCCGUAUAAAUUUGCGCUAUGAUACGGGAUGAUGGCGCCGUUGCUGCAGCUAAUCGUUGUUGCCGCGAUCGCUCGGGUAGGAGUGCUGGGGCGUGAAGCCGCACCACCACCAGCACGUGCCACCGGGCGCAUUAUUGGUGGCUGGAAGGUAUACAUCGGCCAGUUUCCCUAUCAACUGUCCCUCGAGUACGAUGGAUAUCACAUUUGUGGAGCAUCGGCAGUGGCUCCCCGGCUGGCACUUACCGCUGGCCAUUGCUGUAUCGGAACGAACGAAACGGAUCUCACUGUCCGAGGAGGAACCUCGACGCUAGAAGAGGGAGGAAUAGUGUUCCCGGUGAUGAAGCUGGUCAUACAUCCGGACUACGACGAUUCGAAUCUAGACUUUGACGUGUGUGUUUUGCGGAUUGGUGGAACGUUUCAGAAUAAGCCCAACAUUGGCAUCAUACAGCCUACCAGCAGUGGAACGAUUCCGAGCGGCGAGCUAGCCAUCGUUACUGGCUGGGGAGCGACAGAAUCGAAUGGCAACUUCGUGUCGAAUCUGCGAUCGCUGGCGGUGAAAGUUUGGUCCGCGAAGGAUUGCACAGACCAGGCAUCGAAUUAUGUGACCCUCUCCGGAAGCAUGAUGUGCGCUGGCAGCGUCGGACGCUCGUUUUGCGUCGGAGAUAGCGGAGGUCCCUUGGUGUACGACCAGCGGCAAAUAGGCAUCGUAUCGUUCCUCAUAAACGAGUGUGGAGGCACCGCACCGGCCAUCUACACCCGGCUUUCCAACAGAAGCGUGAGAGACUUUAUUAGACAGCAGAUAAACAACGAUCAGCGGCGCAUGUCGCUGGCGGCGAACGGUUGAAAGACAUAGAAAGACACGCGCCACAUGGCGGAUGUUUUCAAAUUCA